UGGAGUCUGUGGUUGCGCUUGCGCAUUCCUGGGGGGAGCCGCCGCCGCCGCCGCCGCUGCUGCUGUGACCGGCCUCACGUAGAACUUCUCCUCUUGCUACUGCCGCUGCCCUCGAAGAUUCUGAGGGGCCGCCUCCAGGGGCCGGUGGUAGGCGGGAUCCCGGCUCGUAUAAGCGUCCGGAGGGGCCCUCUUGUGUGGAGUCUGCGAUUCGAGUGCCUGGCUGGGCAGGGGAAUAGCAGCGGCGGCGCUUUUUCUCUAAGGUGUGGUAUAUUAACUGACAAGACUAUGGCACUCACAAAGUCAUGGUAUCUUCUAGUCCUCAGUGUUUUGCUGUCUCCUUCUUAUGCCCAUACAGAUUUCUUUACUUCAAUUGGUCAUAUGACAGACUUGCUUAAUACAGAGAAAGACCUGGUGACUUCACUGAAAGACUACAUCAAGGCAGAAGAGAGCAAGCUGCAACAAAUUAAGAAGUGGGCAGAGAAAUUGGAUAAAUUGACAGACACUGCAACAAAAGACCCAGAGGGAUUUUUGGGGCAUCCUGUGAAUGCAUUCAAGUUAAUGAAGCGACUUAACACAGAGUGGAGUGAGCUGGAGAAUCUGGUCCUGAAGGACAUGUCUGAUGGGUUUAUUUCCAACAUGACUAUUCAACGCCAGUAUUUUCCUAAUGAUGAAGAUCAGACUGGUGCUGCUAAAGCUCUCUUACGGCUCCAGGAUACAUAUAAGUUAGACACAGACACUAUUUCAAGGGGAAAUCUACCAGGAGUGAAACAUAAGACAUUUCUAACAGCUGAAGAUUGCUUUGAAUUGGGAAAGAUUGCAUACACUGAAUCGGAUUACUACCACACUGAACUGUGGAUGGAGCAAGCUUUGAAACAGUUGGAUGAUGGAGAAGUUUCUUCUUCUAUUGACAAGGUUUCUGUUCUAGACUACUUGAGUUAUGCUGUGUAUCAGCAGGGGGAUCUGGACAAAGCAAUGGUGCUUACCAAGCGGCUACUUGAGCUGGAUCCAGAGCAUCAGAGAGCAAACGGCAAUUUGAAAUACUUUGAAUAUAUCAUGUCUAAAGAAAAAGAAGCAAAUAAGUCUACUACCAAAACAGAUGACCAGACUGAAAAUGAAAUUAAAACGCAGAAAAGGGGGCCUUCCAAGGAUUAUUUGCCAGAGAGACAGAAGUAUGAAAUGCUAUGUCGUGGGGAGGGUCUCAAAAUGACUCCUAGAAGACAAAAGAAACUCUUUUGCCGCUAUUAUGAUGGGAACGGGCAUCCCAGGUACAUACUGGGCCCUGUCAAACAAGAGGAUGAGUGGGACAGACCUCGGAUUGUUCGCUUCGUUGAAAUAAUUUCUGAUGAAGAAAUAGAAACUGUGAAAGAGCUUGCAAAACCAAGGCUGAGGCGAGCCACCAUUUCAAACCCUAUAACGGGAGUCUUGGAGACUGCACAUUACAGAAUUAGCAAAAGUGCCUGGCUCUCUGGCUAUGAAAAUCCUGUAGUGUCACGUAUUAAUACAAGAAUACAAGAUCUAACAGGACUGGAUGUCUCCACAGCAGAAGAGCUUCAGGUUGCCAACUACGGCGUAGGAGGCCAGUACGAGCCUCAUUUUGAUUUUGGAAGGAAAGAUGAGCCCGAUGCCUUUAAAGAGCUGGGUACAGGCAACAGAAUUGCUACGUGGCUAUUUUAUAUGAGUGAUGUGGCAGCAGGAGGAGCGACUGUGUUUCCUGAAGUAGGAGCUAGUGUUUGGCCUAGGAAAGGAACAGCUGUGUUUUGGUACAACCUUUUUCCAAGUGGUGAAGGAGACUAUAGCACAAGACAUGCUGCCUGCCCUGUACUAGUUGGAAACAAAUGGGUAUCCAAUAAGUGGAUCCAUGAACGUGGGCAAGAAUUUCGAAGACGGUGCACUUUAUCAGAGUUAGACUGAUACAGAGCUUCUCUUCCCCCCCCCCCUACCUUCUGUACAACAUACAUUUCCCUUUUACAAUGCCUUGAUAAACUCCUGACAGUUUACACACUCACUCCACUACAGAUUUUGUCUCCAAUGCCAUCUAGUUUCAUCUGUGGACAAAUACCUUCUUCUCCUUUUUGCUAAUAUACCCAUUUAAAUUUUUAUAGAGAGAAUAUAUUUGAAUUUUAAUGUCUGUGAGUUGUCAUGGCCAAAAAUAACUUCUGUAGAGACACUAUAAACUGAUGGUGGCAGAAAUAAUAUGAACAACCUAACCUUGGACAAGGACUCUGUUUGCUGGGAGAGUAGCAUCAUAUCUGUCCUUUCUACUUCAAUCCAAAUGUUCAUUCCUUAUUUUUAGAAUGCCUGAUCAUGGUUAUAAAACUAUGGACAGGGCUGCAAGCCACAUCCUGUUGAUAUGAAUGACAAAAUCUCAAUGUAAUGCAAAGAUGAUGGGUUUGCCCAUGAUUUGUAUUUCUUUUGCAAUAGGUUACUGCCUUAACUUCAAAGUGUCUAUUCCUGCCUGUCUUUUUCAGUGCCAUGAAAGUUCAAGCACAGCUGGCCUUCCUCUAAUUAUGCCUAAAGGGUGAACAUGGUCAGUAACUUUAAAGAAAUGAGUCACUAAUUGUGCAAAUGCAGUUGUGCGAGUUGUAGAAACUAACAUUUCUAUGCUUCUGCAACUGCCACGCUGUGAUAAUAGCUUGAAAAAAAUGAUGGCUUGUUCUCCAGGUAUGAUAAUCUUUUAAACCACAGAAUGAAUUAAUUGUGUCCUCCUACAAUUAUGGCUGCUUUUUUUGGGCUGACAUUCAGACUAGCACCAUGCUACUGAUGCAACAGUGCUGACUCCUAGACGAAAGCUGUGCCCUUUCACAGCCAGGGGAAUGAGAGAUAAUGGAAAACUGCCCCUUCACCUGCUCACCUCUGACAGUGCAGCCGUAGUCUGGAUGUCAGCCAAUGUUUCUUGAUUAAUAGUGGCUCCUUACAUACAUUGAGACAAGGGCUGACUUACCAUGCAGUGGUCCAUCUGCCUGGCAAUGGAGCGUGAUAGAGGACCAUUGGAAAUAGUGGUUCUCCCUUGUUCAACUGCACUUGUGCAAUUGUUGUGUCUUGCACAACUGUGCAAACACUCGGUUGCUAGGCAGACAGUAUGUUGCGUGGUGUGUCAGCCAAGAACACCAUUGGCCUAACCACAGUUCUGUGCCUUAGACCGGGAAUCUGAAUUUUCCGAAACAUUUGUAUGAAAAAAAAAUGCACACAUUCAUUCCCAAAUUGCCAAAUUUUUGUUUCCCAACUGAGAUGUUUUGUGACAAAGAUGAUAUAUUUAUAAUACUAAAUCUUUUGAAAGUGUUUUAUUUUGUGUAUAUUGGUAUGUUGUGUUGUCCUAGAAUGUGUGCGGUCUCUGUUACUAGCCUUUUAUCAAAUUAGAGCUGAAUAUAAGAUGUGAAUUUGAACUCUCCAGCACACACACUUUUGAAGAUAUUAGUUAUAGCUCCUUUCUGUAUUCUAGCCACUUUAAUUUUUCUUCUUCAAUAUUUUUUUAAAGUUUCCCACCAGUCUUCUUUUGGCAUGCCUCAUAUUGCUUUUAAUGCUUUCUGUCAGAUACAGACAAAUACAAUACUUUCAGAGUUGUAUCUGAACAAAGUUCACUGAAAUAUGACAAAACAGGUAUCCUAUGUACAAAUAGGAUGACUCUCAGCAAUACUUUAGCCAGAAUUUCAGAACAAAAAUAGGUUGUUGUUCUGGGUUUCUGAGAAGGUGGACAGAUGCCUCCAGCUGAAUUAAUUUUUGUAAAUUCUAUCUUGGCCCUUAUUAGCCCUGUGGGACCAAUAUAUAACAUCUUGACUCUCUGGUGUCAUCAAAUACAGGCUUGCCCUUCCAGAGUACUGCAAACUGUUUUUAUAGCCUACUUUCCAGUAGGCUUAUGAGAUCACCUGGCAUUCUGUGUGUGUGUCCAUGUGUCCCACCCUACCACCCCGCACCAUCAACUUCGCAACGCCUCAACCAUUAUGUACCAAAUAAUGUUACAGUUGUAGAGACACAUAGGAUACACAUAGGAUAGGGUACAGCUGUAGAGACACAUAGGAUACAUCAACAGCAUAGUUUGUGAUGAUGUAUCUACUCUAGUCCAAGAUGGCGGAUGCAUACACUUUUGAGGCACAAGUGAGCUAACUUGUGAACUGCCUAACUGAUUUGAACCAAAUUUGCUACAGCUGUAGGGACACAUAGGGAUGCCCAAAUGGCAUGGUGUGUCAUGAUGUCAUCCAUUCCCAUUCAAGUUGGCAGCCACAUGAACAUCUGAGGCGCAAGCAAGUUAAUUUGUGGACUGUCUAACCAAUUUAAACCAAAUUAGGUACAGUUGCAGUGAGUGAUACAUAGGGACACCUUAAUGACAUAGUCCACCCUGAUCCAAGAUGGUGGACGAGUAAACUUUUGAGGCAGAAGUGGGCUAACUUGUGAACCACCUAACUGAUUUGAACCAAAUUUGCUACAGCUGUAGAGACACACGAGGACACCUCAGUGGCAUAGUUUGUGAUGAUGUAAUCCACACUAAUUCAAGAUGGCGGAUGCGUAAACAUUUGAGGCGCAAGUGGGCUAACUUGUGAACUGCUUAACCGAUUUGAACCAGAUUUGCUGCAGCUGUAGGGACACAUAGAGACACCUCAAUGGCAAAGAAAUUUACAAUGUCAUCCACCCCAAUUCAAGAUGGUGGACAUGUAAACUUCUGAGGCGCAAGUACACUAACUUGUGGACACUCUAACCAAAUUUGGACAGCAAAUUUGAAUCAAAUUUGCUACAGCUGAAUGGACACAUAGGGAUGUCCCAAUGGUGCAGUUUGUAAUGAUGACAUCCACGCCGAUCCAAGAUGGUGGACACAUGAACAUUUGAGGCACAAGAGAUCUAACUUGUGGACCUCGAUUUACACCAAAUUUAGUCCAGAUGUAGAGACAUUGAAAGGAAAGUAGGCUGAUUAGUUUUUACUUGAACAACUUGUUUUAUUUUGUAAAAUGCAUCAAUGUGAAGUUAGCAGAGACCCUAUCAACCUGAAUAGGAACCAGCUCUUGUGGUGAAGACAGGUAUAAUAUAAAAAGAGAGAUCACUGCACAUUCCAUAGCCAAAUGGUGAGUUCAGCUUCAUAACUGAAACAGCAGACAUGUAUGCCAUAUAUACAUAUAUUCAAAUGCAGGUUCAGCUACCUCUUUAACUGAUCUCCCAGUGCUUAAGCAUUGUAUAGGCGUUCAUAAUGUAUGCCCUUUAUUGAUUGUAGGUUUUUGUUGUUGUUCAUGCAAAACUGCUCUGGGGAUGGUUUGCUGAUGACAUCACCAGGGAGAACCUCAGCCACCUCAUUUACUCAUCUUCUCCAAGUUUGCACAUUUUGUUGUUGUUCUUGCUCAGCCUUGACCCUCUCUGAUAUCCAGACUAAUGCAGUGCUGACGUUACGUGGAAGAGGUGAUUUUUAACAAUCGCCCCUUCCCUCUGGUACACUCCUAAAAAUAUGUCCCUGAGGGUCAUGUGACCCUCAGUGAUGAAUAAUGGGCUUCAGAGAGAGGGGAAGAUUGUGAAAAAUUGCCCAUAACACCAGUACUGCUUUCCUCUGGAUGUUAGUCAACAUAUUUAGAUUGAGGGCAGUGAGGGUGCUUUCAGAAUAACCCCACUGCUCUAAAAGUGUUAUCUUUUUCUUUUUCCUUAAUUUUCUAAAUAACAUAUUUUAAGGAGUUAUAUUUUUUGGUGAAGGUUAUUUUUGUUUGCAUUUUGUUUUGUUUGCGAUUGCAUUUUGUUUUGUUUGCGAUUUAAGUUGAUCCUCAUUCAUUUAAUGAU